AUGGAAAAAUUAGAGUUCUCCGAAAAGACAGAUGUUCAAAAAGCAGAGAGAAGUCAAGGUUUGAGAAAAAAGGACUACAUAAAAAAUGGUAUAAAAGUCUUGGUUGUAUUGGUUCUUUUGGUUGCAAUCUUUUUGAUCGUCUAUACAAUAAAGACUGCCAAGAAACAUCACAAGGAGGAGCAAAAUGCACCAUCUCCAGUUCCUCCACCCUACAACCCAACUUCAAACCCAUCGGGCGAUGAUCCUGUUAAAGUUGAUUUGAUUUUGUUACGUAAUGCUACCAGAAUAGGCGCUGUUUGUCUUGAUGGAAGCCCACCUGCGUACCAUUUUAGCAAGGGUUUUGAUUCUGGUUCGGAUAAUUGGCUAAUUCACAUUGAGGGUGGUGGCAUGUGCAAUGAAGUAGAGACAUGUUCCCGACGAAUGCUGACUCCGGGUGGAUCAUCGAAGUUCAUGGAGAAAAUGGGUUUUGGCGGAAUUUUGAGUAGCAACAAGUCAAAAAAUCCUGAGUUCUAUAACUGGAACAGAGUAAAGGUACGCUAUUGUGAUGGUGCGUUUUUUUCUGGGAGUCCCAACGGCGAAAAUGAGACUACAGGAAAUCUCUUCUUCAGAGGACAGCGUAUCUGGGAUGCAGUUAUGGCCGAACUGUUAGAUUUAGGGAUGAUUAAAGCUAAACAGGCUUUUCUAACAGGUUGCUCUGCCGGUGGAAUUGCAACUCUCGUACACUGUGAUAGUUUUGCAGAAUUAUUUACUGCUGGAGAAGUUAAUGUGAAAUGUCUCUCAGAUGCAGGGUUUUUCAUCGACGGGAAAGCUGUAUCUGGUGAAUACUUGAUGCGAUCUUUCUUUCGUACUGUGGUAGAAUUCCAGGGCAUGGAGGCUAGUUUGAAUAAAGAGUGUAUCUCGGAACUGAAAGAAUCUCCGUCCCAGUGUUUAUUUCCUCAAAAUUAUCUCAAGUACAUAAAGACGCCAGUUUUCCUCGUAAAUCCUUCUUAUGAUGCCUUGCAGAUGGAAUACGUUUUGCUUCCACCUAUUCCAGACAUUUAUUGGGCCAAUUGUACAAAGAGCAUUACACAAUGUGACCCAAGUCAGCUCGAUAAAUUACAUGGAUUCCGAGAUUCUAUGUUAAAUGUACUAAGCCAAUAUCAGGAGAAGAAAAAUAUGGGUAUGUUCAUAGAUUCAUGCUUUGCUCAUUGCCAGACGGAUAGCAACAAAUGGCAUUUGAAUUCUCCGAGGAUCAAUAAUAAGACUAUUGCAGAAGAAGUAGGGGAUUGGUAUUUCAAUAGAAAGACGGUACACGAUAUCGACAAUUGCCGAUAUCCUUGCAAUCCUACUUGUAGUAAUAAAGUAUGGGAAUAA